AUGUUAAUGAAUGCCCAGCCUGAUUGGGCAUUGCUUUGGCUCCGUCUAGCAUCAUCGUCAAGGGGGACAGAGAAGGGAAGACGGUGGAAGUGCGUCGUCAAGGACGGUCGGCCAGCCCCUUCUGUCGCCUGGUACAGGAACGGAGUCUUGCUCGAUCAAGAGCUGCACACGGAGAGGCUCGAGAACUCACCCAACGGGCGCAGCUGGAGCGUCGUCAGUCACCUGUUCAUCACGCCUGAAGCCGAGGACGACGGCCAGCAGUUCUCGUGCAGGGCGAUGCAUCCCUCCCUCACCAACUCCCCGACGCCUUUGGUCGCCUCCAUCGCCCUUUCUGUCCUGCACCCGCCAAAACCCCCGGUCAUCAGCGGAUACUUCCCCGGAGGUAUCCUUAGAGCUGGGGACCUCGUCACACUCGCCUGCCAGUCUCCCGGGGGCAAUCCUACUCCGGAACUCACCUGGUACAAAAACGGCCACCUCCUGAAGCCUCAGAAUUUCACCUCGGGAGACGAUGAGGGAAAACACGAGGAAGGGAAACUCAGUCUGGUCAUCAAGGUGAGACCAGAAGACGACAAGGCUGUUUACGAGUGUCAGGCUGUCAACGAAAUGGCCGAGGAGCCUGUGAGUGCCAACGUUACCUUCACUGUCCAUUACAGUCCAAAACGGGUCACGGUCAAAGGUCCCUCCGUCGUAGCUGCAGGAUAGACCUUCACUCUGACCUGCAUCACUUCAGGCGCAAAUCGUUCUGCCUCCAUCCACUGGUU